AUGGGGACCUCUAAAGCAAGUCAAAAGAAGAGACUUCCAGACGUCCAAAGGGCCGUUCCCUAUGCCUGGCCAGGAAAGCAAUCUAAGCCCGUCAAGGCCACCCCUACUCCUUCAAAACCUCAAGAAAAGAAGCAAGCCUCUCCUGUGCCUUCAUCGUCAGAGCAAGCUGAAGCCCCCGCAGACACAGCAGCUUUAAGAAGGCCUGGAGGGCUUCUUUGGGUUUCAGAGAGGGGAGUUCUUGAGGUCUAUGCAGGCAAUAGACUUCUCCAUGCAGCGUCUAAAGGGCAGCGCGUUAAAGAUCUACCCCUCGAGCCACUCCAUUGGCUGUUCUUCGUGAUCUUGUGGGGUAACCACCGAGGACAGCCAGCGGCUCGAGGUAGAGAAGAUAGAAGCUCUUGCAGAACAAGAGCUGAUGAAUUAAGGGCCGCUAAGACAGCGGCACAGACAACAGUAACAGCAACAGUAACAGCACUACCGACGGCAGAAACAACAGAAACAACAGAAGCAGCAGAAGCAGCAAAAAGAGAAACAGCAGCAGCGAGAACACCGAAGUCCCCAGCUGCAUCAGAUAAGCUUGGUGAUCUUGUAGUAGCUGUUUUAUCAUCAUCGUCAUCGUCACCGUCGUCAAGCGCUGCAAAGUCAGCAACAUUGCCACAUUUUAUCAAGAAGAUAACAAAUUGGAAGAGCCAUUCUGGGUCUGACUCGGCCUCGGACUCUGAUAGCAGCGACAAGGGCGAAGGAAAGAGGAAAAGUGGUAACAGUGAUAUGGAUCUUGGAUGA